UUUUUAAAAUUUUGAUCGUCUGUUUUGGGUAGGAAUUGUUUUUGGUGAAUUUAUGUUUUUUUUUUUCGCUUAUGACUUAAUUUAAUGAUUAUAAACGGAUUAUGGAUCGUAAAAGGAAACGAAUACGCAUGGAUUUAAUCGAUUGUGCUUCUUUCUCGUCGUCUGAAGAGGGAUCUGUUGCCCUGACGAAUCCUCAGUCAGUUUCUAAGACGUCUAAAGAUCCAAAUAGGGGAAUGUAUCCAAGGUCAACGCGUAAAAGUUCAUUUGCAACAACUUUCAUGUCACCGAAUAAAACACAGGACACAACAAACAAUAUUAAUUUGAAUCAAAACACGUGCAAUUUUAUGACUGGUAGAGAAUUUUACAAUAAAAUCGCUUCUAAAGCUAAUGACGCCAAAAGGAAAAGAUCUUCGAGAUCUUCUCCACAAAAAAACACUCUCUUAUCAUAUUUUCAGCCUACUGAGAAAGUAGAACGGGAACAUAGCCCAGUGAAGAAUGUUCCCAAACGUGACAACGACGACGUUGUUGUUGAUACUACUGGAAAUUCUGGAGAAAAUCAUCAUUCAAUUGAAAUCUGUGAUGAUGAUGAUGAUGAUUUAUGGGAUAAUUUUUCUUUAAAUGUUAAAAACGAUUGUGAUUUAGAACCUGUUGAUGGCGAUGAUGAUUUUAAUGAUAUUUAUGGAAUGUUAGGUACGGAUAAUUUGUGCGAAGAAGAAGGAACUAACUAUUUUGAACUUCUGCCGACUCACAUAUUUGAGUUAAUAUUAUGUCAGUUGCCUUUUAUUGACUUAAUAAUAAUCUGUAAAAGAGUUUCAAAGCAUUGGAAUGAAGUGAUUAGUAAUAGCAAGUUCAUACCAUGGAAGAAAAGAUAUUUUCAAAUUAAAAGUGGAAAAUGUGAUGAAGUUAAAAAGGAAAUUGAAGAUAAAUGCAUUAAAUUUGAAAUGGGCAGUGUUUCUAAUUGUCUUCCAGGUUUAAUUAAGUAUAUGAAAACUUUUAAUCAUAUUCCUUCAUCAGAUAUGUUAAAUAAUUUAAAGCAACAUGAAAAAUAUAAUUGGGCUGAAGAUUUGUUAAUGGAAAGAGUUCCUGAAUGUUUUAAUAAUAAUAAGGAACUAAAUCCAUGGUGUGUUGUGACUGCCUUAAUUAUUACUUCUAAAACUAUAUGGGAUAUUUAUAACAUUUUAAAAGUGUUAUUAAACUGCAAGUCACAAUGUCCAGUUCCAGAUGUACUAGAAUGUUUAUAUUGCAUUGGAACAUUUCUGUUUUAUUUUAAACUUGCUUAUAAAAUUAACCAUGGCCAUCUAAGAAAUAUAAAAUAUACCCAUGAACAAAUGCAUAUCAUCAACCAUGAAAUAAAACAAGACCAAAUUGUGAAAAUUAUUGCUUUUGCAGGUACUGGAAAAACAUCUACUCUGAUUGAAUAUACAAGACUUCGGCCACAUAUGAAAUUUUUAAAUGUUAUGUUUAAUAAAUCAGUAUGUGAUUAUGCCAAAACAUGUUUUCCUUGCAAUGUUGAAUGCAGAACGGCUCAUUCAUUAGCUUGGACAAAAAUUGGCAAAAAAUAUGCCAAUAAACUUGUUUCAAAAAUAAAACCUCUUGAUAUAAUAACAUUGUUAAAAACUAAACCAGAGUCAGUUCAUAAGUAUCACUAUGCACGUGUAGUACUAAAUACAAUUGAAACAUUUAUGAAUUCAGCUGACUUGUACAUUACUAGUGCUCAUGUUCCUUCAUAUCAUCAACACGCUGAUUCAAAUGAAAUAAAUAUAUUAUCUCACAAAGAUAUGCUGAAUGCUGCAGAUGAUGCUGAGUAUCUAUGGAAUAAAAUGAAAGAUAGAAAUAGUCCUGUCCAUAUUGUUCAUGAUGUUUAUUUGAAACUUUAUCAACUUAGUCAGCCUGACCUUUCAUUUUAUGAUUGUAUUUUGAUAGAUGAAGCACAGGAUUGCAAUGGAGCAAUGUUAGAUUUUCUCUUGAAGCAACCAUGUCCAAAAAUUUUAGUUGGUGAUCCCCAUCAACAAAUUUAUGGUUUUAGAGGAGCCAAAAAUGCCUUGGAGGAAGUGAAUUGUACUCAUACUUACUAUCUAACUCAAUCAUUUAGGUUUGGACCUGAAAUAGCAUAUGUAGCAUCAUGUAUUUUAGAAGUAACAAAACAAAUAUCUAACAAAACACUUGUAGGAGGAAUACAAUCAGGAUGUAUAACAGGAAAAUCUGAAGGUCAGAUAUGCAUAAUUGCAAGAACAAAUUUAAAUUUGUUGAAUGAAGUGAUUCGACUCUGUUGCAUACAAGAAUUAAGAAGUGAUGAACCAAGAAGUAUACAUGGACAUUUAAAUGGAGGAAUUAAAUCAUAUAAUUUGGAUCAGAUUGUUGACAUUUAUCAUUUAUUAACUGCUGGAAAUUCAAAUGAUAAUAACUUGAUCAAAGAUAAAUUCAUAAAACGUUUUAGAGACUUUCUCACUUUAAAUCAAUAUGCAAAAUCAGCUGAUGACAAAGAACUCUUAGGAAGGAUUCACUUAGUUCUUCAGCAUACAGCAAAUAUUCCUACAUAUAUUCAGAAAAUCAAAGAAAAAUGUUCAUAUUCUUUGGAUAUGGCUAAUGUAGUUUUUACAACUGGACACAAGUCAAAGGGUUUGGAAUUUGACACAGUUCGAAUAUUGGACGACUUUGUUUCUGACUUGGAUAAUUUCCAAGGACAUUCGAUAUCAACAAGUAAAAUUAUAAUUUAUAUAAAUAAUAUAAAUCAAACAUUAAUUUAUUUUUAUCAUUAGUAUUAAUUUAUUGUGACAAAAUGAAA